ACACGCACAACGGAGGUCGUGCGCCUGCGUUGUUUUAUCUGCACGGAAACCAGAUCAACCACGGAAAUCAGUUUGAAUGUGAGAUUCCUAUGAGACAUUUACAUCAGAAAAGCAGAAAGUACGACAUAAGAACCGCUUUGAUUGCUGUAUCCUAAAAAAAAAAAAAAAAACAUGUUCCCACGAGAAUUUGCGUGGGGAGCGGGAACUGCUGCCUAUCAAAUAGAAGGUGGCUGGCAGGCAGACGGCAAGGGACCAAGUAUCUGGGACACAUUUUGUCACGAGAAAGCCAGAGUGUUUGGGGAGCAGAAUGGAGAUGAGGCCUGCAACAGCUACGAGCUGUGGGAGAAGGACCUGGAGUGUAUCCAGCAGCUUGGACUGACACACUAUCGUCUGUCUCUCUCCUGGGCCCGCCUCCUGCCCGAUGGGACGACGCGACAUGUCAAUCAAAAAGGUGUACAGUACUACAGGAAGGUGCUCGAUGAUUUGCUGGCAUGCAGCGUAUCCCCGAUGGUGACGCUUUACCACUUCGACCUGCCUCAAGCUCUCCAAGAUCAGGGGGGCUGGAAAUCAGCGGGUAUGGCGACCCUGUUUGACAGCUACGCAAAGUUUUGUUUCCAAACAUUCGGCGACCGCGUAAAACUUUGGAUCACUAUCAACGAGCCCUACGUAUGCGCCAAACUGGGCCACGAAGACGGCAUCCACGCGCCGGGGUUAAAAGAACCGGGGGUCGCCGCCUACCUGGUGGGCCACAACAUGCUGCGUGCCCACGCCAUGGCCUGGCACAGCUACAACUCCUUCUACAGGACCAAGCAGAAGGGCGCGGUGUCCCUGGCCAUCAACAGCGACUGGCUUGAGCCGUCGAGCGCAGAUGGCGCCGCCGAUAUCGCCGCCGCCGAACGCCAACUUGCGUUCACACUGGGGUGGUUCGCCUGGCCCGUGUUUGUCACUGGAGAUUAUCCAGAAGUGAUGAGAUCGUCCGUCGACGCUCAGAGCGAGAAGCUGGGAUGCGACGGUGGCUCGAGGCUGCCCAGUUUCUCAGAGGAUGAGCCUGCCGUUUUGGGAACGGCUGACUUCUUCGCGUUGAACUACUAUACGUCUCGCAAAGUCACGCCGGGAGGAGGCCGUGGAGAGGUGUUGUGUAUGACAAGCGACCGAGGUUCGCGAGACGUUUUGGAUCCGUCCUGGCCUAUUUGUGGCGUGUCCUGGCUCGCCGUGGUGCCCCAUGGCUUAAGGAAACUUCUCAAGUACAUCAAGGACACUUUCAACAACCCAGCAGUCUACAUUACUGAGAAUGGCUUCUCUCAGGUGGGGCAGCUGCAGAUUGAGGAUGUCCAGCGCUCAGAGUUUUACAGGGACACCAUCCUGGAAGUGGCCAAAGCGAUACAAGAAGAUGGGGUCGACGUCCGUGGAUACUUCGCAUGGUCCCUGCUGGAUAACUUCGAAUGGGCCGAUGGGUUCAGUGUUCGCUUCGGAUUGUUCCACGUGGACUUCACGGACGCACGGCGAAGCCGCACCAUAUAUCAGUCUGGACGGGAGUAUGCUAAGAUGAUCUCAAAAUACAAAUGUGGUCAAUCCGAAUGAGAAGACCGAAUAAUUCAAAAGAAUUGUCUGACUCACACCUUCGUGCGAAUUAGAUGAGUCAACCAACCAGGCUUCAUUUCACUGUAGAUCCAAAGUUUUAAAGCACCGCUGUUUUCAUUUUAGAAAAUGCUCCGGGUCAUUAAUAGGAAAUCUGCCUUCAGCAGAGGACGUGAGGACACGGGCUGAGAGUGGCUAAGUUGAUUCAGUGGGAUGCAAAUUAGUAUUCUAUCCUGCCCAGUCAGUCUGUACUGGGAGGUUCAUGGAGGGAGGAGAGCUCCUCAGGCGGUCCAAGGCGGCCGUGGGCCCAAGCUGCUGCAGAAGGAUGCGUAUGAAUGCAUUGUAUUUGCUGCAUUUGAUAGCAAUAAGAGGGCUCAUCUUGAGUGACGUUACGGUUAUGAGUCCAUGAGUCUCAGUACAUGCACUCGCCUGUCGUGCACUAAGGUGAUGGAUUAUCUCUAAAGUCUAAUCCUUGUGUCUUUUGAUAUGCAGCCAUCUUCUGGAAGACGCCACACAAACAGUUGUUUGUUUGUUUGUUUGUAGUUUUCAUAGGAUUUGAAGUACGAGGAAAAAAUAGACGACAGACAAUUUGGCCUUCCUUUGUAUAUUUUUUUUUCCGACACAAAAAAAGCACGCCACGUCACCCUUCGCAUUGGAAUGAAACCCUUCAAAAAGUCCCCGUCAUAAUGCCGCCAGGCUGCAUAAAGCACACUCCAGUAGCCUCAGAAGGGAUGCCAGCUGAAAGCAACAGAUGUCCUGCCACAGGAAGAGAGCGUAAUGCUAUUUGCGUUCCCCGGGCAGCUGUGCAAACUCUCUACUUAAAGAAAGAAAAGAGUGAACAAGGCGAGCAGCCUCCCAAAGGCCUUCUGUUGAUUCUUUAUGCACGUCGUGGUUAAGGUAGGAUUAUUUAUAUGGGGGUGCCGAACAAUACAAGGCUGUUGAGAGCCAUACUGAGCAUUGGACAUGUGCUGUGUGUGUGUACGGGUCUCCAAGAAGGUGGGACGCCGUCGAUUAUUUGAGAGGUUUAGGUCCAAGUUUUAGGAAAAUGCCGAUUUAAAAAAAAAAAAAAAUCAACUGCCACUGCUUUUUAUCAGUAUAGGGCGAUGCAGAGACUGGGAUGAGCAGUUAGUUAGCCUACAGUGCCACCUUGUGGCAUCAAAGGGAACCACGGCGUUGAAGACGACGGCCCAGUGUGUGCUGUGCUGCGCUUCACAAUAUGGUGUCACAUGUGUGCUGCUUUGAUUAAUAAAAUGCGUCCUGUUGGUGUAACAAUAAACAACUAAAGCCUCUCCCUAACCACAAUACAUCAUAGAUUUAACACAAUUAAUAUUUAUGGUCUGAUGUGAAGGAAAAUGUCAUUUAUAUUCUGUGUUGGGAGACUUUGUUUGCAUUAAUAAGCAUGGUGUAUCGUGACAUCCAGUUGGCUGUGCAUACUGUUUUCAACAGAUGUGAGUAAUACCCUCGUGGCCCUCCUCCAUCUAUGUCAAGCCGAGUGAGAUUCUCCUUUGUCUUAUGAUGAAUAACAAGCUAUUGUGGAAACAUGAAUAAUGCCACCGCCGCUCACAUUAGAACUCUUUUUCCGGCUGCUUUGAACACAAAGUUGAACCACAUCUCGCACUAUUUCAAUGCUAAUGAAGUAUAUCUAAUAUCUGUGUCUCUGUCAGAAGCUGCUGGCGAGCCUUAAAUCUCAGCGGAACGAUGGCGACAGACCGCAGAGCACCAAACAUUUACUAAACAGAUGUAAUAUGCAGAUUGUCAGCUGGAAGCCAUUUCCCUCACGUCCCACAUUUGAUCCUGUAUGACCACCACAGUGCAUUAUACAAGUGGAUAAACGCCUCACCGUGGCAUAACCACCAGUUCGGAGCUCUGUCGCCACUUUUGACAGUGGCAUAAGAAGCAUGACGACGGCGCUAUGAAAAGCACUUUGGAAGACCUCGCCUUUUGAUUGAUGAAUUUGGCGGCGCAGACAAGAUUGAGGGGGAUGAAUAUCGCUAGGCCUUGAAGACAGGAAGUGGAAUUAUGACGGACCCAUACAGAGAACUGAAGCGCCGAGUCGAAGAGAGAAUGAAAAGAGAGAAAGGCAAUUCAAAUCUUUUUCUUUCAAGUCCCUCCCUGAGGGGCUGCAGAUGACCCCGCUAACGACUGUUGAAAUUCUAACUCCCUUGAGUGUGAUGGCGCCGCGUGAUGGGAGGGGGGGUUCGCAGACCUGCCUGAAAAAUUUAAAGCAUCUAGAAUAUUCAGCUAAC